CUCCAGCAGGAGGAGGUUUAGCACUGAGCUGAGAGAGCAGCUUUUGAGCACUGCCUUCCCUUGGCAAAGAGGAAGCCUCCUUUUACUAAACGGCGGCAUGAGAGGAAGCAAAGAAGCCAGCAUGAUGCCUCGCAGGGAAGAAGGAGAGAGGCUUGUCCCAGAGCCCUGGGCGCUACAGGAGAGAGCAUUUAAAAAGGUCCCCCGAAUCUGCUGCUGACACGAGCCAGUUUGAGUUCCCACGUUCAAUAAGGACUCGCUUUGGGCUUUUUUCAGACAAGAGCGGGAUGAGGAAUUAUUGGGAUGGGGGCAGGUGCCGUGAGGGGUGCGGGGUGCUCCGUCUGCAAGCCCCACCUCUUUAUUCUUCCAAAUUUUAACCAAAUCACGACCCUCCCAUAGCUUUUUUUUUUUUAAAAAAAAGCAUCCUCACAAAAGGUCCCCCGUCUGUAAUUCGAGCACUGGCAGAAAGGAUCGAAGGGCUGGACAACUCCCAUGAGAAUCCAAGGGAAGAGGAUGAUGGAGGCAGAGACCCAUAGGAAUAUUCAUAUGCACAACCUACGCUGUGUUUUCCAUAUGGUAAUCAGUAGCCCACAUUUUCUCACAAGACGAUUCUUGCAACUUCAAUGGGAUGGAACUCCAGAGAACGAGAUCCUAGCAUCCAGUAUGAUGGUCCGUUUGCCCUGAAAUCCAUUCAGCUAGGAAUACAGGAUACUUUAUAUCCCGGAAUACAGGAAAACCAACAAAGUGGAGUCAAGUACAUGCAGCAGCUUCAUGGGCUUGAAGGAUCACUUGAGGCAUGACCUAGGCCACCUCUAUGAGGACAGCACUGAGACUCAAAUAAGUGCCAUUGCACCUUGGUCAAUGGUAGAGAAGCCAACCAUGGAUAAAGUUAACUCUAGGAAGGAGGAUGCGAACAAGGAGACUUCUGAAGAAACUGGAAGCUCCAGUUGUGAUUCUGAAGAGAGCACAAAUUCCGAUAAUGAAUUGGAACGACCAGCUAUAAUUGGACCAGAAUCAUGCUUCUUACCUAAGACUCACAGACCACUGUGCAGGUCUCCUUGCUUAGAACCGCAUAUAUUAAAGCGCAAUGAAAUCUUGCAAGACCUUAAGCUGGAGGAAGCUCAGAUAGGGUCUAAAGAACUGAAGAAACCUCCUGACGUGGUGAAAGAGUAUCAAACCAAACUGGAGUUUGCACUUAAGUUAGGUUAUUCUGAGGAACAGGUUCAACUUGUCCUGAAUAAGCUGGGUACUGAUGCUUUAAUCAAUGAUAUAUUGGGAGAACUUGUCAAACUUGGAAAUAAAACUGAGACGGAUCAGAGUGUAAGUAACAUUAACGCUAGCAUAAUGCGAGAAGCAUCUUCUGUUGAGUCUCAGAGAUCUGACUCCCCGCUUCCGGAAGAUGUGCCCGUGGAUGGUGAUAACCUCAGACCUAUAGUUAUUGAUGGCAGCAAUGUGGCAAUGAGCCAUGGAAACAAAGAAGUAUUCUCUUGUCGGGGGAUCAAACUGGCGGUGGACUGGUUUUUGGAAAGAGGCCACAAAGAUGUCACGGUGUUUGUGCCAGCAUGGAGGAAGGAACAGUCCCGACCGGAUGCUCUCAUCACAGACCAAGAAAUCCUGCGUAAAUUAGAGAAAGAGAAAAUUUUGGUGUUCACCCCAUCCCGCCGUGUUCAGGGGAGAAGGGUGGUGUGCUAUGACGACAGGUUCAUAGUGAAGUUGGCCUUUGAGUCGGAUGGCAUAAUUGUGUCAAACGAUAACUACAGGGAUCUUGCAAAUGAAAAGCCAGAAUGGAAGAAGUUCAUUGAUGAACGGCUGCUGAUGUAUUCAUUUGUCAAUGACAAAUUUAUGCCUCCUGAUGACCCCCUUGGCCGCCAUGGCCCAAGCCUGGAUAAUUUUCUGAGGAAGAAACCUAUUGUACCAGAACAUAAGAAGCAACCAUGUCCAUAUGGGAAGAAAUGCACUUAUGGACACAAAUGCAAAUACUACCACCCGGAAAGAGGAAAUCAGCCUCAGAGGUCAGUAGCGGACGAGCUUCGCGCCAUGUCCAGGAGCACAGCUGCCAAAGCUGCUAGCGAAGGAGGUCUGGUGAAGAGCAACAGCGUCCCUUGCAGCACUAAGAUAGAUAGUACUUCGGAUCUCAAGCGAGCCACUCCAAAGAGGCAGUCGGAUCCUAGCAUAAGGACUCAGGUCUACCAAGACUUGGAGGAAAAGCUUCCCACCAAAAACAAGUUGGAAACCAGGUCUGUACCUUCCCUAGUUAGUAUCCCAAACUCUGCUGCUGCAAAACCCCAAAGUACUGCACCUUUGAGCAACGGCCUUCCCUCCGGAGUUCAUUUCUCACCUCAGGAUCAAAGAGCGCAGGGGCCGUAUCCUCCAGUGUUGAUGGCAACCAAAAACCACGGAACGCCAAUGCCUUACGAGCAGUAUCCCAAAUGUGACUCCCCUGUGGACGCCGGCUACUACUCCAUGCUGAACGCAUACUCCAACCUAAGCAUCUCUGGCCCGCGAAGUCCCGAAAGGCGUUUCUCUUUGGACACCGACUACAGGAUUAGCUCGGUAGCUUCCGACUGCAGCAGCGAAGGGAGCACCAGCUGCGGCAGUAGCGAUUCCUACAUGGGCUACAGCGACCGGUCCUACGUCAGCUCUCCCGACCCCCAGCUGGAAGAGAACUUGAAGUGCCAGCACAUGCACCCCCAUGGCCACCUGAGCUCGCAGCCCUUCCUGCAGGGCUACCACGAGACACUGACCAGGGUGCAGAGCUACAGUCACGAAGAACCAAAGCACCACCACAAAUCUCCGCUUCCCUACAUGGCGGUCCACCUCCAGCAUCCCGCCGUCGGCGCUCGGUCCAGUUGCCCCGGCGAUUACCCGGCUCCCCAGAGCUCGCCCCGCUCCAAGGGCAGGCACCUGGGGAGAGCCCUCGUGUCCACCCGAGUAGACAGCAUAUCGGACUCGCGUCUGUACGAUAAUUCCCCGAUGAGGCAACGGAAAACGUACUCCGGCCAGGACGGACUCGGCAGCUGGGACAGGCAAGGCUACGGGGUUGACGCCUACGGCUACCGCCAAACUUACUCCUUGCCCACCAACCCCAGCCAGCCGUGUUAUGAGCAGUUUGCCUUCCAAAGCUUACCUGAGCAGCAGGAUCAGCCUUGGCGGAUCCCUUAUUGUGGGAUCCCCCCGGACCCGCCGCGGUACCAGGAUAACCGAGAGAAGGUCUACAUCAACCUGUGCAACAUUUUCCCUCCCGAUCUUGUGAGGAUCGUCAUGAAAAGGAACCCUCACAUGACGGACGCUCAGCAACUCGCUGCCGCCAUUUUGGUGGAGAAAUCUCAGCUCGGUUAUUGAGGACAUGAGGAUGAUGCAUCUUUGCGGUGUCUUAAUAGUUCCGUUUCAGCUGUAACGCUGAGGGAGGUUUGCUACAAUAGCAUGUGUGAUCUCCUUCUCAGCAAGGAGGUUAUAUAGUAAUCCAUUUAUGUGAAAUAACUGUGCCAUGGAAUCUGUAUGUGCAACCCCGUGCAUUGGAAAUGACAGGUUUUAAUUUAAAUUCUCACUUGGAUUUUAUUUUUUAUUUUUGAAGGAUAUUUCAUGACUGGAUAUGAAUCUUUCCAGUUUAAUAUAUUAUUAUAUCUGUGGUCUCUUAAUACGUUUCUUUGGUGCAUCGGGGGGUUUUAUAUGCAGCACUUUUUAUAACGUCGUUACGUGUUUAUUAAAUUAAUGGGUGUUUUUGUCCUUCAGAGUGCAAAAAAAGUUUUCUUAAAAAAAAAAAAAGCUGCAGAAAACUAAAGAGGAUUUUAUGCACCCAGCAAAUGGUUUUCCCCCCAAGCUAAGCUUAUUAUGAACUUUUUAAAAAUUGCAAUUAAGUUAUUUUAUUGUGUGAUCUUUUUGCUAUAAUCAUUUUAUUUAUAGAAAACAAAGGUCUUUUACAGCACUGACUAUUUUUUUAAACAAUGUUUUGAGUUACCAGUUUUAAUGUUGAAAUGGGUAACAGUGUAUUAUUAGUACUUUAUAGUAUGGCACUUUUUUGUUGGUUUUUGGUUUUAAGUGACAUUAUUUGUUUAUCACUGUUAAUUUUUGGUGCACGCAAAAGCAAUCACUGAUGGAGAAAUCUGCCAUGAUUAAUUUAUUAUGUAGAAGGCAAAAGCCUUAGAUGCAGAUUUUGAAGAUGUUGCGCUCAUCCGACUCACACUGUCUAGAAUUAGGCUACCAAUAUAUCAGUUUAGGCAACUUAUCCAAACUUUCAUGAGUCAGAAACUGAGAUUUGUUUUUGUCGUGUCUCUUGCUCCUCUAAUUAAUACGCAGGUAUACUGGACAAAAUGUGUGGGUUUUUUUCAUACCUGUUUUUAAAUGAAACUAAUUGUUCUCAAUGCAAUUUUUUUUGUAUAUAAGAUACUGUGUAUUUUUCAUGCUAUUUAUCAAGGCUGGCCUGAGAAGGUUUUAUGUUGUGUUGACGAUAUGCAACAUUUUUUUAUAAACUGCACUAUAGUAUAAUAUAGCAUUGUAACUGAGAACAGUCCAUCCUUUUUGUAAAAUACUGUAGAUGUUCUCAAAGUUAGUUUGUCUGGCCUGCUGUAUUGUGCAGGCAUGGCUCUUUCUGCAAACAACAUAGAUUUAGAAGCAGACAGAACCGUCUCUUCUAGUAUUAGUAAGGGAGAUUUCUGGUUUUUAAGUCGUGGGUUCUGCUAGCUCUUCUAAAAUGUAAUCUUGCAUAGAUAGAAUAGUACUAGAUCUUGCAGGCAGUAACUUAUACAUAGUGAGCGUAAUCUUACACACUAGGAUUCCCUGCAGAGUGACCUAAUGUGAUGUUUCCCUAGUUGAGCCUUCAGCAACCUGGCUCCUUCCAGAUGUUUUGUACUUCCAGCCCCGGCCAGCCCGUCCAAAGCAUCUGCAAGGCACCAUCUUUGCAAAGGCUGCUCUAGUUUAUCAUCUUAUUUCUGAUAAACCAGGUGCACAGCUGCAACUUGAAGACCCUGUAGAACCAGAAAGUUACCUUUUACUGUUGAUACAAAUUGUAUCUUUAACUAUGAUAAUUAUUUUGAUUUAUAGAUCUAACUUUAAAAAAAAAGGAAAAGGAAAAACCACGCACAAAUGUGUAAAGAUGAUUUUAGACUUUGGGCAACAUUUUAUUCCUUAUUUAAAUGAGAGGGAAAACCCCUGUAGAUUUCAAAUCCUAAACAGUCAUAUAGGCAAUUAGUUGGGUUCUUAUUGUAAACAAUAUUCUCUCUCCCCCACCCACCUAUUUAAAUAUACCUCCUCUUCUUUUUCUUUUUCUUCUUCUUCUUCUUCUUCUUCUUCUUCUUCUUCUUCUUCUUCUUCUUCUUCUUCUUUGUCUUCUCCUUCUUCUCUUAAACCACGUUGAAUGAGAUCAUAUAUAAAAAAUAAUGAUAAAAUGCUGCCUGAAAAGAAUAUCCAAGCACCUUUUGAAUAGGAAAACAUUUUUCACUACUCGUGCAACACCGUGUGUUGCGAGAAGUAGGAUUUUGGUAUACAGUAAAUGCUCCUGCAAAGCAUUGUGCUUAUAGAUGUAUCCAAUAAUCUGAACCAUGUUCAGCUACUUUAAUUCAGGAACUGUUCUUCUACACAGCUUUCACUGUUGACUAGUGAGACAGGAUCUCAGUUCUGUCAAUUCAGCUGCCCUCCUCUGGGUACUGUCUUAACACUCCCUCUGUCUCCCCUUGGGGAGAACUUCUUGCCCUGUCUGUUUUCUUUCUUCUCGGCUUCACUGUUUCUUGUCUAUACGGAAUGUGUUUUAAAUGGAGAAGGUUGUACGCUGCAUACUUCUUCCUGCGUAAGCCCUCCAUUAAACGAAUGUGGUUUGCAUCAAAGCAGGUCUCGUUCAUCACGGUUGGCUUCCGGUAGACAGUUUCCACAUGCAAUUUGUGUGUUGUUUAUAGCUUAUACUGUAACCUUGAACUUGUAUUGACUUUCUAUAUUCCUUCUGAAGUAUCGGUGGAUUCCUGACCCAGUGUCUACAGAAUGCAGAACUCCUGUCUUCUGGAAUGGCACCAUUUCGUAUUUAUUGUUGGCCGGCUUACCGUAUUUUACAUGUUUAUGUCUGACUGCGGCGUGGAGCCUGAUCCUGCACUGUAUACUACAAUGUGAAGUGAGCGUCUUCCGUGAAUGUGUGAUGCAGCUUGUGACUUUUGCUGGGCUGAAGAUCCCAGAACUCCUGGAAGCUCUGUUUCAGCAUCUUCCUUCAGUGUUGAUAUCUGGUCUUUUGUUAUUGUGGCCUUCCUUGGGCUCCAUUAAAAGCUGGUGUAAAAAACAAAAA